AAAAAAGAAGGAGGGGAAGGCGAAGAAGACCAGGACUCAGACGACAUUGUGUUCAGCGCAGCACCGGAAGAGUUAGAAGAGGAAGAAGUCCUGGAGGCUUUAGAGCUGGCUGAAGUCGAGGAAGGUAAGCUCGUGCAAUUCAGUUUUGAGUAGCGUGCAACGGGAAUGAUUAGUGCCUCUCCUUUUGACUGAUCUUACCUCUACCCUAACAAAAGUAAAAACAAGCCUUGCAAAAACCUCAAAAGACACGCAAAGAACCCGGCGAUUGCGCAUGAACCUUACGCUUGUAUUCUCAGCGUCCAUAUCCAAGCGUGGCAACACGUUUUUCAACCGAAAAUUUUGUGUAAAGCUCACUGGAAGUUUUUAAGUCGGUGCAAAAACUUAGAAUCAUAGUUGUUUGGCUUUUGCUUCGUUAAGAAACUUAAGCGACCAGCUUUUAUCUUCACGUCUUAGCUUGCGAGAGUACAUUGUACCUUUUGCUUUGAGUCGCGCCGUUGUGAUAGCUCCCAUGAUCCGCUUGACUUCUGGGUAAACUAAUCGGCUUUGAAUCCAGGUAAAAUCCUGUCAUGCCACCAACCUAUGGAAACCUUUUAAUUACGCCAAUAAGUGCAGACUUUGGCUACCUUCCAAACCUAAGCUUAACUUAAUCCCUGGGUUAGUGUAAAUCAGAUUGUGUACAUCUGGCGUCAAAAAGUUUUGCGACCCAUCACAAACGCUAGCGUGAGCUAGUGAAUCCGGAAGACGUCUGUCUCUUCAGGGUGAAGGAAAAUAAAUAUUUAAAAAUAUAACAAAAACAUUUUUUUAAAACGAGGAAGAACAUGGAGUGGGGAUAGGAAGUGUAGGAUUGCAAGGAUGCCAGUGGAUUAAAAGGUUCAUCACUUGAUUUCGGGAUGACAGCGGUCACUGCUGUGACGGUCCAUAUUGUCACUUGAGCUUUCAAGUAGUAAUAUUAAGUUUAAUUUUCGCCCCACUGACACCAGUAAAACAUUUUUAAUUUCAGUAAAUGUGGUUUAGCAAUUUGAAAACCAUUGAGAGAAAAUGGAAAUACUUUUCUUUUGACUGUGCUUAAUAUGUAGUCAACCUAAACUCAGCAGGCAGUUUUCACGUGUAAAGAAGUUUUAAACUGCGUCAAAAUUAACAUCUUUUAAACGUGUCUUAGCGCUGGUCUGAAUAGAGCAUAAGUUUACAAUUGCUUAUUGUCUUUUAACCUUUGAAAGUAAUGAAGCAAAGCCUGUAUGCGUUUUCGUUAAAACGCGGGGUAGAACGUCCUUUUCAACGUGCCGGAACUUGAUAUUUUUACUACAGAAUCAGCAAUUCCCGAAGAGUCCAUCGACCGUUUUAUGGCAAUGGAAGAGAUUGUAGAUGAAGAACACCACUUGACUCUCGGCCAACACCGAGACUCGGGCAUCUUCAGCUCCUCACGAUUCUCCGGAGGGUUCUUUGAGGGGACCCCUACUGGAUCCAGAGCAUCCGACUUGGACCGAUCGCGCCUGUCCGAUUUCAAUGUGUCGCAGACUAUAACGGCUUCGGAAACCAUCGUAACAGAAUCGGAGUUGCCGUCGAGUCUCGCAGAUAUGGCAGCGGAUAACGUUCCUAAGUACGAGCCGCCCGUUUCCGGGGACUUCCUUGUUAGUUUCUUGGUCGACGCUCGGGGAGGGAAGAUGGAGAGCUCGCAAACUGGACUUCGAAUCACCUUGCCGCCAAGAUCUUGCCAGAUGCCAACGAGAAUUACUUGUAAACAAAUACGGUGAGUCAUACAUGGAUUGUUAUUGAACACAUUCACUUAAAAAUUUCCAUCAAAGUAUAGUUCGAUAGUUUCAUUUGAAGAUUCACAGUUGAUUUCAUAGACGCAAAAUUUUAAACCACUUUGUGUACUGCUUAAUAUCUGUCAUUUGAAAGGUACACUUUAAGGUUUCAUUUUCAAACGUUAGAACCACCCUCUAAAGUAUAAUAGACAUCACCACAGGAACGAACUGUUCAAUAGCUUUUAUUUGAAUGAUCACACAAUAAUCCGCAGACGCAAAAGUUAGAGCCACCUUGUACAGCUUUAUAAACAGUACCGUAGGAACGUACAUGUACUGCUCAGUAGCUCUCUUUUGAAUGUUCACUCUUUAGAAUUUCGGCAACAGAUUCAAAACUUAGAACUUUCUUGUACAGCGUAGUGAAUAGUACCGGAGGAGAGUAGUGCUUAGUAGCUUUCAUUUAAAUUGUCACACUUAAAAUUGUAGGCCACAUACUGAAAAGUUAGAACCGCCUCGUACAGCAUAAUAAACAGCACCACAGGAAUUAAAACCUCCUCUUCAGUAGCUUUCAUUCAAGUCACACUUAAGAGCUUAGUCCACAGACUGAAAAGAUAAAAACACCAUUAACAGCUUAAAAAAAAAACAGUACCACAGAAAAGUGACUGAACCUUUAGACACUUUUUACAAUCCUGACUGUCUGUUUAUCGUUUUUGACCUUUAAGAAACGUUUGUCAAACAGGCUAACAAACAAAAAAAAAAAAUACUGCAUAUACCCAAACCUGGCAUUUGGUCUUAAUAGUCUUAAUCUUUCUCUUUCAAGGCCAAACAAACCAUCUCUCUUACCGCCGCUUUAUGAAGGCGAGGCUCUUGCCUGUCGCGUCCUCGACGUUAACCCGUCGGGCGUCAAAUUUCUGCAGCCUGUUUACUUGGAGUUGCCGCAUUUCUCUGCGCUGAGAGAUGGCGAAAGAGAACUGGUUGUGCUUCGAACUCAGGACGGAGGGUGGAACUGGCAGGAAGUUUGUGUCGAAGACAUGAAAGGUGAGCGAAUAGGAGACUGGGCUGUGUUGUUUAGCGAACAAAAUACAGAGAAUCCCUGAUAUAGCGAUUUUCGUAUGACCUUGAAAUGAAAACGCGCGAACAAAACGAAACAAGAAACGAACCGAAAUACAGCGAUUUGAUUGGUUUAUCGAACGGAUACAAACGAGCGUGGCUUUUGGUUGGUUAAGCGCACGCUCGGAUGAAAAAACUCCAUGCUCGAGAAUUUUCUAGAAAUCAAUCGAUACUUCGCUUUGACUUCAUACUGCAACACGAUUGGCCAAUCGAACAAUGCCUUCUCCAUAUUAAGGAUUAUUUUGGCGGGAAAACGAAGAGUUCAUGUUUGAUCUUUUUAUCUAUUGGCUGAUAAAACAAAUAACGAACACUUACCGAAACUAUUUUUCAAGGUCAUACGAAAAUCGCUCAAUAGCUAACUGUAAUGUAGUAGAGUGAUUUACUGCAGUGUAAGUGCUGGUGUUGUAUUGAUGUUAGUGUUGGUGUUGGGGGUAAAGGGUUGGUGUUAGUAGUUUAAGUGCUGGUGUUGGGGAUUAAUGUUGGUGUUAGUGCUGGUGUAAUUGUUAGUGUUGUUGUUAGUAUUGGUGUAAUUGUCAGUGUCGUUGUUAGUGUUGGUGUUAGUGUCGGUGUUGGAGAUUAAUGUUGGUGUUAGUGCUGGUGUAAUUGUCAGUGUUGUUGUUAGUGUUGGUGUAAUUGUCAGUGUCGUCGUUAGUGUUGGUGUUAGUGUCGGUGUUGGAGAUUAAUGUUGGUGUUAGUGCUGGUGUAAUUGUCAGUGUUGUUGUUAGCAUUGGUGUAAUUGUUAGUGUCGUUGUAAGUGUUGGUGGUAGUCUUGUUAUAACUGUUAGUGUUGAUGUUAGUGUUGGUGCAAUUGUUAGUGUGGUGUUAGUGUUGGUAUAAUUGGUAGAGUUAAUGUUUGGGAUUAAUGUUGGUGUUGGGGGUUAACGUUGGUGUAAGUGUCAGUGUUAAAGGUUAGUGUUGGUGUUAGUUUUGGUGCAUUGCCUUUCUCUUCACAAUAAAUUAAAAUCUAUUACCAAAUUAUACCUUAUCGUUUUUUGUUUUCUCAAUUUGUUUUAGCGGUGGAUGGUUACAGUUCAGAUAUGAACAUUCACCAAGGUUUUCCUAGCAAGAGAUACGCUCGAAUAGAAACGCAUGACUUCCCUGAGAAGUUCUCCAUUAUCUCCCGACUGAAGAAAGAAAAUUUCAUGGUUGGACCGGGCGGGGAUAUCCUAAAGUCUUCAGUCCUUCCUCAGGUUCAAGUUAAAGUUCCUGAAGGAGCUGUGUCAAGUGGAACAAAAAUUAUUUUGCAGGUUAAUACUUUGUACCCUCCUCUAUUUCGCAUCGCUGUUGGUGGUUUUGAUAUUGUCGAAUUCAUCUUGGCGUCAUUUCUUACGUUUAGUAUACGAGUUUACCCGUGGAAUGGGGUAUGGGCGAAUUGAAUUCUGAAGUUGAAAGUUUUAGUUGUUUGCAAGUAAUCGUAAAGAAAAUACAUAAAGUAACCUGCCAGCUCGUGUCUCCUUUUGCGUGCUGCUCUCGCGUGACUUCUCGCGACUCCCCCCAAAUGGAAAGCUGCAUAUUGGUCUCCUGCGUAGCCGCUCUCUGUGUUGCCACGCAGAGCUCCUUCUAUUCGUCACGCUCCUUCUACUUUUUCGCAAAGACUUGUGGGAUUAUUACCGGGGACGCGCCGGUCAGCUAUUGGCCAAUCUUUUCCCCCCUCUCCCCAGUGACAGUCCCAGAGGUCUUCGCGAAAGCUCACUCAGCCCAGCUUCCGUCUCGUUUCUAAAGGGGCAAAUGAUGACACAAAGAAAUGCUGUGUAAGACUAACUGCAAAAUUGCUGGACGGCAAAAACGUUAAUAAGCUAGAAAACCGGCAAUUUCUACGCCGUUUUUUAAUGCGCAUAUUUUUUGGUGACUCUUUUAUCGGUAAUCUUGCCUUAGAGGGUAAAGGUGCCUUGUAUAAGUGAAUGAAUUGUAGAGUAUCGGUCUUUUGUAUUCCUAAGGGGAGUGAGACAAGGAAAUUAGCAAACAAAUAAGUCAUCCGAACCGAUCAAACUUGUUCAUUGUCUUGUUCUUUUAGGUACAACCUGCUGAUGAAUCGUUCAACGACUAUGAGGAAUGGGUGGCUGUGAGCCCUGUGGUAUCUUUAGAACCACAGGAAUUAGUCUUUUCCAAGCCUGUAUCCAUUACCAUUCCCACCCCUUUGUACAGUCCGAGUGGAGAAGAGGUUGACAUCCAGCCCUCUUUGAGACUACUCAGCUGUCAGCCGCAGGACAAUAGGAAGUCUAUGUCCCAUGCCCCUCUCUACCAUUGGACUGACAUCACUGAUACAACACCGCUGAGCGUAGUAAAUGCGUGCGCAACUUUCACGACCAGUUAUCCCGCAAGGUGAGACACGUAAAAUCUGCCUAAGUUCCUUUUCGCCUUUGAAGGUGCUGCGUCGCGUUUGUUUUUUAGAGGAGUUGACGCGUAAUCGUGUCAAAUUCUUAGGAAAAAUCACCGUUAUUCAAUUUGAGGAAGCAACUGUCUAUUGUCUUUUAGGUUCUGGCUUGUGGAGACACGUAACCCAGACAACGUGACGUCAGACGCGCGCCUUCUGUUCCGUAAGUUAACCGCUGUCCCAUUCUUGGCUAAGGUCGUGGUGUUCGCUAAGGUUUCAUCUGAUGGAACCGAGGCUACACUAAGAGUCUUUUGCAUUACUGAUGAUACUAUUGACAAGACACUCGAAAAGCAAACAGGCUUCACUGAAGUAGCGCGAAGCCGAGAUGUUGAAGUCUGCGAGGGAAGACCAGUUCACGUCAGGUAUGUGUGAAAAUAACUUACACUUAAUUGAUCGCUUACACGUUUUAAAAUCAGUAGAUUUCACUAGUUCAGAAAAUUAAACUAUCUGUUUUCUGAAACGUUUGAUUGGCCGCUGUAGAACGGUUGACGGCCUUGUGGACACCUCGCUGGUAAAUAUAAAUAAAGAUGGACCCAAGGGAGGUUUUGUGAGCCCGCGAGACUGAGCAACCCCCACAAACCCUUGUUUCCACUAAAACCGCUGGACACAAAUUCUCCCCUGGGUCGAUGUUACAUUGCAAAAACACACCUCUCUAUUCCCCACUUCGGAAACUCUGGGGAGAAUGGGUACAAGCUUUGGGUGCAGUGAUCUCUGGGAUUGUUUUAAUGGACAAGCGUUAAUUAUGAUUGGUCAAUGGUAUACAAGGCAACCGUUAACCAAUGAUAAGUAGCGCUUGCCCACCCAGACGAUCUUAGAAAUCGUUUCCGAAAGUUUGUACCCAUUCCUCGUAUAGUUUCUGGAGUGGGGAAUUAUUGUCACUCUGCUGGCAUGAACAGCAGCCGAAUCUUUGGCAAAAAUUUCAGGUGUUCCAUUUAAACAAACUGUCGCUAUCACAGACUUUCAAACACUUUCUGUAGGUCCGACAGCACAGUUUUGUUGUAUGCUAACUCUCAUUCUAACGAACACUGAGCGCCAUCUUUCAUCAUUUGGCUGUUUAUUAAUAUUGUUUGGUCUUUGCUAACGUUGAUCAACGCUUUGACUGGCUUUGACAGCGACUUUGUUAACCACGGGCUAAAUUCUGUUUUAAUUAUUGGCCCUGGGUUUUAAUCCUUUUUUGUUUGUAUAUACUAGGUGUUUAGGCAAUGUCACGCCAGUCAACCGUGAGCCACUGCAGUUCACAUUUAAUCCUUUCCGCGAAAACCGACUGUCCGUGACGGUGUGUGUAACUGAUCCGUCCCAGCCCCCCACCUGCCGGCUGGCUUUACUCAAGGAACCUCGUAAAGAUCGACAGGGGAACGUGCGAACAAUUUGUAACUUGAGCAUCGACCUGUCUGAGGAGGUGAGCUGAGAAGUUUGUUUAGCCAUUUUUGAUUUUUUAGCUCGUGUCACGCGAGAGCAGCACGCGAAAGGUCGCGUGCUGCUCUCGCGUGACUUCUCGCGGUCUUCUCAAAUGGAGAGCUUGCUCGAAGGCUAGGAACCAUGAAAAUGUGAUUUUAUUAAACUCUUUGGUUCAUGGACGAGUUCCUAUAUGAUACGACAGAGUGACGAGUGAAAUACAACCUUUUGCAGUCCUUUCGAAUAAUACUUUAAAUUGCUUCUGACUUGAAGUAUUUCCUUACAUGAAAUUUCGGUUAAGGUUAAACUGUAUUUUUCGUUGCUAGUAGCAGUAAAAAGGUUGAAUUUUGCCAGUAUCAAUGUUUCCCUAGUGGGAAAAUCGACCAAAGCUGACAAGGCUUAAAAUGCAAUGUUUCGCGUUUUGCGCUUUCAAAUCAACGAAUUGCUGGGUUAUGACGAUGUAUUUCUUUCUUUUUACUUACACAGAACUUGAGGAAAGGCAAUGGGACAGCUCAACUUCCAGGUAUGUUCAGCUUGUGGUAAAGUUUCUCGGGACAAAUCGCAACGACGAUUUUUAGCGCAAUACAAGGUGCCAAUAUAGAAAAGAAAAGUGAUGACGUCACAAAAAGUAAAUUUGUGAAAUUAUGGUAUAGGUUGGCAUAUCCAGAAAGAACAAGAUGAAAAAUGUCUACUUGCUAAAAAUCAGCCUGUCGGUGCAUAUUUCACAAACUUGAAUUUUUGCAACGUCACGUUAUUGGAACACAUUUUGCAGCCUUUCGAAACAAUGUUCUAACGCUGUGUUGCACUUUGUCGUUGCCAAUUGUCCCGCGUAAAAUCACCUGUUUACUGCGAAUUUUUGAAAUAGACCAUAAAUGCACGGACAAUAGAGAGGUAUGACGUUAAGCAUGACGUCAUGUCACCAUGGUAGCACUAUUUCUGGAUGACAACAAAACCAUCGACGACGGCGACGGAAGGAGAACGGCAACAAAGUAAAAGGUUUUUAUUGACAAAACAACAAAUUUGCACGUGCAUCACGCUAUUUUGUACAUUUUUUUCCCGUCGUUGCACCCUUACGACGUGAAACUUCCUAAUCUCACACGCUUGCUUUAUGGAGUAGGUGAACACAACACAAAAGUGGUCUUUUUCCUCUUCUAAACUUAGAUACGGUCCUUUCGGAUUCAACCCGAGGAAAUUUCGCCAACAUUUGCCAAAUUAAAUGAAAUUGAAUAAGAUCGAUGAAGUUUGAAGCGGUGAGGAUUCACUUUUUAAGUCACGUUUUCGGUUUGUUGUCAUCCAAAAAUUUUGCUACCAUGGCAACGUGACGUAACGACUUCUCCCCUCUAUAGACCCUUCCAUGGUUUUUUCGCUGACUUUUGACAGGGACCAGUAAGCCAAAAUCCGUCAACACGGCUGAAAAGAGCGCCUGAAAAUCAUUACAGUUGCCAAGUUUGACAGUGAUUUGCUGAAAACUAACGAAGAUAUAGCGCAGCAAAGUCGCGAAAUUUUACCGUCUGCCAAUGUACAAUGGGGGACGAACUUGACAUCGUUUUUCUUCCAAAAUAAGGACAAAUCUUCCCCUUUUUUUAUUACUAUUUAAGACGGUUGUCUCAACUGCGCGUUUAAUGGUCGUUCUCGAAAUUUUGAGCAUAAUAAAUUGCAGGCUUUUGGGUUUGAAAAUAGAAGGUUUCAAAUUCAGUUCGCCAUUGGUCAGAGUCAAGUGGUUGCCAUGAAAUGACUCCAAAGUGAUGGGAAGUUAUCUAACGGAAUGAUGACGGUUAAAGGUUCUGUAUCUGAUCUCGUCACAAGGGGAGCAGCUUUACAUUGACUUGGGCCGUUAGCGUUUAGUCUUCCACUUAGGGGGCACGCAAACUGUAACUCAAAAGGUUCGUUUUAUAAACUCAGCUAUUUAUUCAAUUUGCCUCCGGUAAAUACCAGCUAUUGUUAUGACCAUGGGAGGGCUCACUGUCUUUUUUUUUUUGACUGGAUGCGAGUGAAAAGCGCGGGAGCGCUUGGAAGCGGGUUUGCCCACCAUGCACCCGCAUCCCCCUGCGCCGGUUUCACUCGCCUUCUGCUACUUUUAGUUUACGUUAAGGAAAUGGGGAGCUGUGAACAAUGCGACCGAUUGAUGUCCCUUUUAACGAAAUCCAAUUUCUGUAGUAGUGAAUUGCAUUCACAGUUGUGUUACUUGUUUCUUUGUAGACGAAUUGUUAACAUUGAUUGGAAAGAGUGUUGGUGGCGAAUGGGUUGGCCUCGGUCAGGAGCUUGGGUUCACCGACUCAGAACUCCAAGAAAUUUCCGACAGACAGUGAGUAUUCUAAAACUGCAAUGUUUUCCUGCAAUUAACUCUCGUGAUUCCCAAACAUAGAGUUUGCUCGCCGCCUAGUUUGUGAUUAUCUUUUAUGGUGCCGUUUAUGAUGUUAAACUGGACUGUAGAGUGUAGAUAUAAAACCCCAGGGGUAUUUGAUCAGGCGCCGAGUGUUAUCAGGCCUGAAAAAACACGAUCUGUAUGUUUAUUGAACAGAUCCGCCCAUUUUUCAAGAAAUCUGGCAAAAUCAGAGUCACAGCUCAGCCUUACUCGAAUUCAUUAAUUUUUAAAGUAAAAUGAACGCUAUUGAACGGUAAGAUUGUUCUGUAAAUCCUCAGAGCUUGAUAGUUAGAAACAAGUUCUGAUCCAAAAAUUGCACAAGUUGCGAUCCAAAGAGUGUGGCCAUUCAUAUGAAAGCUACUGAAAUUCCUGUGGUACUUUACAGUGUGUAUUAUGCUCUGUAAGGUGAUUCUAGCUUGUAUUUCUCUAAAUUAAAUUCUUAUAAGUGUGACCAUUCAAAUGAAAGCUACUGAGCAGUACUUUCCUGUAGUACUGUGUAUUAUGCUGUUUAUCGUGAUUCUGGCUUGUAUGGCUGUAGAUUAAAUCCUUAUAAGUGAGACCAUUCUUAUGAAAGCUACUGAGCAGACUGGGUAGUACUUUGCUGUGGUACUGUGUAUGAUGCUGUUUCAGGUGAUUCUAGCAUGUGUGUCUGUAGAUUAAGUCCUUAUAAGUGUGACCAUUCAAAUGAAAGCUACUGAGUAGUACUUUCCUGUGGUUGGUACUGUGUAUGAUGCUGUUUCAGGUGAUUCUAGCAUGUGUGUCUGUAGAUUAAAUCCUUAUAAGUGUGACCAUUUAAAUGAAAGCUACUGAGUAGCACUUUCCUGUGGUACUGUGUGUUAUGCUGUAUAAGGUGAUUCUAGCUUGUGUGUCUGUGGAUGAAAUCCUACGGUGGGACCAGUAUUUAAUGACAGCCAAUGAACAGUACUCUCCAGUGGCUGCCUCCUCCACAGGCUUUCCCAAGGCUCAGAGGUGAGCAGCGAGAGACAACACGCGAGAGCUGGAGACAAGCGAGCAAGGCGAGAGGAGGAUGAUGGGAACGAGCGGGGAGUGAUGGAAAGAGAAAGUUCUUCCCUUCCCAUCACUCCCUUCGUUCCCGCUUUCCUUAAUAAUUAACUCAAUAUCCCCCAAAAAGUGAUCGCGAGCGACUCCGGACGAGGCAGCUCCUGUGGUACAGGCAAUAGGGAGCUUAAGCAACAGCGUUUCUGAGUGACGGACGUCAACUGGAAGUGGACUUUUUGCAUCAUUGGCGAGUGGUUUGGUUGAAACUCUCGGGUAAAUCGUCUUUACAGGAGAAAAGAAACUUAGCAAUACAAGUUUGUUAGCGUCAAGGCAUAUAAAAAGGGGGAAAGGCUCACUUCCGGUUGACGUGCGUCGCUCAAAAACGUCUCUAUUCUCUCUAUUCUGUUUUUCUUCUCUCUAGUUCUGCUGAAGCAAACGAAUGUGCUGCUGAUGUGUUAAAAACCUGGAGAGACAAGGAGGAUACCGAAGCCAAUAUGGCGUCCCUUGAGAAAGCCCUUCGUGACAUGGGACGAGAAGACAUCGUCAAAAACUUCAAACAGCUUGCGUACAGUAGCUACUCUAAGGAUCCUGUGAUUAUCGUAGAAACGUUUCAUGUAAGCAGCACUCCUGAAAAAGAUUCUACCGACGGCUCAAGUGGUGGCCGACGUCGAAUUUCAGAGUAUCUGGAUGCCGCUGGCGAAACGGAUUGCAUGUUCGAAGAUGGCGGCUCUCCGCGCAUUUCCGGCGUGGAGGCUCAGAACGGAGACGAGGUGUUUGGUGAAGCGAAAAGAAGUUCACCAGAACCGAGCACAGAAGAAUGCGACAUUGUUGAAGAGAAAAAACACAAAGUCGUGGAUGAAGACGCGAAUGCGCAAGACGGUAACGAAAUUAGCAAAGAGGAUACUGAAAAGCUACUCCAAGAUUUCUUUGGUAAUGACAAGGGUGUGCUAAAUUUCCUUUCUGAUGACGCACCGGCAAAAGUGGAAAACGGAAAUACAGAAGAAACCGAGAUUUGA